AUUGCGCAUCUCUUUUGUCAACCCGAACCACCCUCUUUAUUUGCUCUGCUCGGUGUUCAACUUGGUGCCGUACUGAUAGCUUGGUACUGGAGUUCGGAGUUAUGGAGUCACCCCCGAGUUUAACCCUGACACAGCGGGAGCAAUUACUGGUUUCGGAACGGAUUUUCAAAAUCUACAAUGCCUUUUCCAGUUUACCUCCUACCUCCCAGAAUUUCAUGUUGGAGCUUCAGUUUGAAAACCAUAUGGAGUACCUAGUUAAAGGCUUAAAGCAGCUUCCUCCAUCUUUUUCGGUGUUGGAUGCUAAUCGACCUUGGCUUUGCUACUGGAUCCUUCAUUCGAUUGCUUUGUUGUGGGAGUCUAUUGAUGAAGAUUUGGAACAUAAUGCCAUUGACUUUCUGAAUCGCUGUCAGGAUCCAAAUGGUGGGUAUUGUGGUGGACCUGGACAGAUGCCUCAUCUUGCAACAACUUAUGCUGCAGUAAAUGCUCUUGUUACUUUAGGGGGUGACAGAGCUUUGUCAUCAAUUAAUAGAAGCAAAAUGUAUAAUUUUUUACGGCGAAUGAAGAAUGCUAGUGGGGCCUUCAGGAUGCAUGACGCUGGUGAAAUUGACGUUCGAGCAUGUUACACUGCCAUUUCUGUUGCAAGCAUCCUAAAUAUUUUGGAUGAUGAACUUGUUAAAAAUGUCGGAAAUUACAUCUUGAGUUGUCAGACUUAUGAAGGUGGAAUUGGUGGGGAACCUGGUUCUGAGGCUCAUGGUGGGUACACCUUUUGUGGGUUGGCUACAAUGAUUUUGAUUGAUGAGGCUGAUCGUCUGGAUUUGGAAUCUUUAAUUGAUUGGGUUGCAUUUCGACAAGGAGUGGAACUUGGAUUUCAGGGGAGGGCAAAUAAAUUGGUUGAUGGUUGCUACUCUUUCUGGCAGGGAGGUGCAAUUGCAUUAUUGGAAAGAUUAAAAAUACAUAUCAAUGGACAAUUAGAAGUGGGAGAGACAGACCAGUUUCGAGAUAGCUUACAAAGUCAUGCAUCAUCAGAUAUACCAGAAGAAGUUGAGAGCAGCACUUCUGCUGAAACGCAUCAUGCUGAUUAUAAUUCCACCAACGGCCGUAGGAAAAAGGGGCCCCUUUUUGACAGCCUUGCAUUGCAGAAAUACCUGCUCUUGUGCUCGCAGGACCUAGAAGGUGGAUUCAGAGAUAAACCUGGAAAGAGCAGAGACUUUUACCACACAUGUUACUGUCUAAGUGGCCUGUCGGUAUGUCAAUAUAGCCUCUCAAAGGAUGAGGACACUCCACCUUCCUCUAUGGCCGUGUUAGGUCCCUUUUCCAAUUUAUUGGAACGCGUACAUCCCCUGUACAAUGUUGUCGUAGAACAAUAUCGUGAAGCUCACGAGUUCUUUUCACGCUCAUAGGUAGCUCUUCUCCUCCCAUAUUAAUAACCAUGUGAUACAAAGUUAAAAGAGGGAGGUUUAGUUUUGACUCGUAAAGGGACAUAUCAGGCUAAUAGCACCUUUAGCUCUCUUUUGUUUGAAUCUCCAGCUGAGAAAGCUAACAGUCUGUUCUGCCCUGCUGUAUGUUGGAUGUGAGAAUGAGGAAUAACUGAGACAUUCUCUUACUAGUUUUGAACCAUGAGAGCAGUCUGUUAACGCAAGAUGCUAUAAAUAGAGUCCCUUGUGUAGAAUUGUUAGACU